AUGGCAGACCAGCAGAAUUACAUCAAAGAUCAUCCGAUCGGAAAGGGUCUCGAUGAUUUUCACACCAUGUUCAACUCGAUCUGCGACAAGGCAGGCAUCUGUACACUGGACGCGCUGGAGCGGCUGGGACGAGAAGGCAAGCAGACCAAUAUGCAAGAUCUCAUAUUAACUCUUAUUCUCAAACUCCGGCUGCUGCCCGUUGCUCGUCUUCUACCUUCCGGGUCAGGCCAUGGCAUCCUUCGAACCGAUUUGAUCCGACUGAACUCGGCAGUCAACUCCGAUACUUUCGAUUUCGAUAGCAUAAAGCCCCUCCUCUGCUCUAUCCUCGAACGCGACUCUGAUGAGCGCAUCUGGGAACACAUCUACUGCCUGAUAGCCGAUAUCCCACAACCGAUUGCAACCUUCCUUGAGCAAACCCCAUGGAUCUACACCACGAGCGGCAUAAUGAACUCGUCCGAGAAGCGCGAAGAGGUGGACAGGAUCCUUAAGCUGGAGCUUGGUCCUCUCUAUGUCGAUGUUCCUUCCUUUAGCGAGACAUACUUCGGACAGGUAGCUGGCCUGGAGGCAGGGUCCAAGGCUGUCUUCAAGAAGUGCGUGGAGGGCAGCAACCCGCUCUUUGGCUCCCAAGGGUGGCGCGGCUGGCCAGCAGUCACAUCAGAGAAGAAUGUGGUGUGCUGGUUCCACAACCUAUUCCCCAAGCUGGAGGCAUUUGCAAAAGACUACAGUGCUGCGCUGGCAUCCACACCCGCAACUGCGCCAACACCUCGUCGAAAGCUGCUGGCACAACCUAAUACGCCACUCCCAGGCUCUGCGGGAAAACGCAGCAUGGAUAUCGGCUUUGUGAAGGACGACCUUAUAGCAGCAGCAGCAGGCGAUUUCAGAUAUCGAUGGUCGCACGUCCUCGUGCCGGGCGAGCUGAAGAUGGGUCCGUCUGACGAUAUACCCUCGAUCGCGUGGAUAAGCAUUGCAACAUACGCAAGGGAGGUGCUCUCUGCCUGCAACACUCGCCGCUUUGUUCUGUGCUUUACUCUCUGUGGCUCCCUUAUGAGGCUUUGGGAGUUUGAUCGGCUUGGGGGCAUUGCGUCCAAACAGUUCGAUAUUAAUAAGGACGGGCUGCAGUUCGUGCAUACAAUGCUCGGCUUCCUAUGGAUGAGCUCGGAGGAGCUCGGUUUCGAUCCGACCUUCAAGAGGAUGCCUAGCGGCCAGCAAUUUAUCGAAAUCAGCCGGAACGGCGCUAGCGAGCGCCUCAUGAUCGACGGAGCAAUGAUACGCCAGCACUGUAUAGCUGGCCGGGCAACAACCUGCUGGAGAGCCUACCCUGAAGACGAUCCUCAGAUAAGACUUGUUAUCAAGGACUCGUGGCAAUUCCCGGAGCGGGAUGUGGAAGGCGAUCUGCUCCGCAAGGCGACUGAUAACAAGGUUAUCAAUGUGGCCCGGUAUUAUCAUCACGAAACUGUCCAGGUGGGCGGUAUCGAUGAUGAUAUUCAAAGCAGCGUGCGCAGGGGGCUGGAUAUCACAAAGGCUUCUAACUACAAGCCGGACUGGCUAGAUAUUGGGCUGCGCGCAGGAGUAACAAGUGUCUCCCAGAGAGGCCGAAGCAGCAAUGUCGCCGGCAUAGAGCCAUGUUCCUCCCAGCCUCCCGGCUCCCCUUUACCUCCAAGAAGACAGUCAGCAGGCAGCAAACGACUCGAGGCUAGCAUCACUACCCUGUUAAACCGGGAACAUAGGCGUACUAUUGUCCGUGACUACGGGCAGCCCAUCUACAAGGCAAGCUCCCGGGCGAGCCUGCUCGCUGGACUGGAGGGCUGUCUUGCGGGACAUGAGUCUCUGUACCGAGCAGGACUUCUGCAUAGAGACAUCUCGAUCAAUAAUCUUAUCAUUAACGAGGAUCCUAGCAAUCUAUCCUGGCAGUCAUUCCUGAUUGAUCUGGACCUCGCUAUCGAGAUAAAGCGAGAUAGUGCGUCAGGCGCGAAAAGCAUAACCGGAACCAGGGCUUUUAUGGCUGUAGGAGCACUCAUGGGUGAGCAGCAUUCUUUUAUGCACGACAUAGAGUCCUUCUUUUGGGUUCUCUUUUGGAUCUGCAUUCACUACGAGGGCCCGGGCAAGGAGAGAACUGUUCCCGAGUUUGAUAAGUGGAACUACAUGGAUACGAAUACGCUGCUCAAGGUCAAAAUUGGUGAGGUCAACAGCAGUAUAUUCGCGCAGACAGCUGCACAGAACUUUACCGAUUAUUAUCGGCCACUGAUCCCACUUGCAAACAGAUUGCGGGAGGCGAUCUUUCCUGGGGGUGAUCGUUGGAAGUAUGAGGAUCCAGGGCUGUAUGCCAAGGUACGGAAAGUCCUCGCAGAAGGCUGUACAGACCCAGACAUUAAGUCACAGGGGGUAACUUCCUCCCCACUUCCGGCCACCCUGGCUGGCCACACCGCUUCACCCACCACCCCAUAG